AUGGGCAGAGUCGCUUGUGAAACCUUGGUCACAACAGGACUCGCAGUCAUCACUGGUGAAAUCACGACUACAGCAAACUACGAUGCACAACAAAUCGCACGAAAAGUAAUAGCUGAUAUCGGUUACACCAAUAUUGAAUACGGCUUUGACGCUGAACGAAGUGCUGUAUUGAGCAUCAUUGAUAAGCAAUCACCUGAUAUUGCAAUGGGCGUAAACCCUGGUGGUGCAGGCGAUCAAGGAUUAAUGUUUGGGUACGCAUGUACCGAAACGCCAGAAUUGAUGCCACUGCCAAUUACCCUCGCCCAUCAAUUAACCCGGCGUUUGGCUAAAGUUCGCAAAGAUCGUACCCUCCCCUUUAUCCGUCCCGAUGGAAAAUCCCAAGUAACCGUGGAAUAUGUUGACAGUAAACCUAAAGCUGUCACUACAGUUGUCAUUUCUGCACAACACGAUCCCGACAUUGAGGAUAGAGAACUACGAGAAGCAAUUAUUGAAGAGGUUAUCAAAGAAAUUAUCCCUGAAAAUCUCCAAAGUCCAGAUAUUAAAUAUCAUAUCAAUCCAACCGGACGUUUUGUGACCGGUGGUCCCCAAGGUGAUGCGGGUUAA